CUUUUUCCUGAGAUCUAUCAGCAUCUAAGAGGAUUCCACAAUAGGUCUAGGAAUUAACAUUAUAGAUUGACGUGUGAACUUCUAGCUAUUCUGCGUUCAACCGCUCAUUCGAUCCCUCUCCAUCCAGGCGACGAUCCAUACUUCAAGAAUACUUCCGCUAAUCUCUGCUUUCUUUACAAUGUGGAAACCAGUGGAUCUUCCCUUCCAGAAAUCCCAACCUCAGCCUCCACUACCUACAACAGAUGAGAUCCGCGCCUGCACCAAUGUCCUCUGGGAGACCAUGGCCUCUAAGGUCGUGACAAUUAACGACAAUAUUGUCGUAAAGUAUGGAGGUUGUAUAAACACCUGGGAAGGCCAGGCAUUGAUUUACCUUGAACAACAUGUCCCCGAAGUUCCAGCCCCUCGACUGUACGCGAUGUACUAUGAGGGCAAGCAACUUUUCCUAGUCAUGCAACGCAUCCCCGGUGUGCAACUAGAUACUAUCUGGCCAACAUUAACCCCCUCCGAGAAGGAUGGCAUCAUAGCAAAACUUCAACUAAUAUUCUCCGCCAUGCGAAAGGCUGAGUGUCCAUGGCCCAACUUUUUCGGUGGCCUGGACGGCGGCGGCGUACAUCACUACCUAUUCUACAGCCAGCACGGCGACCAGAAGUUUCUAGGGCCUUUCACUGGUGAACCAGCCUUCGUUGCUGGCCUUGUGGGUAAUUAUAGGGCCUUAGUCGAGCGUAACAAUCAUCCAGACUACAAGGCUCGCUUUUACGAGAAAUACCUGGCUCGCGUUCUUCAAGGUCACCGGCCUACAUUGACACAUGGAGACGUUCAGCAGAAGAAUAUCAUGGUUGUGAUGAAUCAAAGUUGCUCAAACGAGGGUGAGCGAUCGUUUGACGUUGUGCUGGUUGAUUGGGAGAAUGCUGGCUGGUUUCCUGACUUUUGGGAGUUUUUUUGUGCAUCGCACCCUUUCAUUUUCGAGUGGGAUGAAGACUGGUCAUGGCGAGUUCAGGAGUUUGUGGAAGUGUGGCCCGCUGAGAUGGCUAUUAUGCAAUUGAUUGAUAGGGAGUUGGGCUGGUGAGAUAUGUCAUUCCAUAAUUACUUGUAUCCAGACAAGAUGGAGAGAUGGAACCGAUGGCUAUAGGACCGAUUGUGUCACCACCAUUCCAGAAACCCUUCCUCUGCCCAGAAUAAGAGGCUGGGAAGUUUGUUCAGUUGAACGGGGUACUCGGUUGAAUCAAAGGGGCUUAUAGGGAAAUACGAG